CAUCAACGACUUCUUGACAUUCUGGAAGCAGAGAAGGAAGUCUUAUCAGAAAAGAUAGAAGAAGCUUUGAUGCAGCAGUCACAAAAGCACAAGGAAGUGCUGGACAAAUGUUUGGAUGAAGAAAGACAAAGAAGUAAGGAGGCUGUGGCAGCUGCUGCCAAGGCUGAGAAAGAAGCAGUGCAGGAGGCUGUUCUGAAAGCAGUAGAGGAGGAGAGGAGGAAUAUGGAGAAGAUUCAUGCAGAAGAAAGAAAAAUGUGGGAAGCAGAACGUGAUAGUCAUAAAGAGAAGAUUGCCCAGGCUGUUUCAGAAGCCAUGGAGGAACAAAGAAAGCAGAAUCAG